CGACUGCAAGCUCAAGAUUGCGGGCCCUCCGACGCCGACCAAGCUGGGCGAGGAGGGCGGCGUGGCGGAGGUCCCUGCGGGCGCGGCGCCGAUCUUCCCGGCCAUGGCGCACCAGGUCGAGAAUGUCGGCGACGCAGUCGGCAAGGCGAUCUUCGUCGAGCCGUACCCAAACUGCAAGGCGUGCGGCGAGGUCGCGGGCUACAUCUCGCCCUUCGAGGUGUCGCCCGGCUGCUACAAGAUCCUGGCCGAGGACGACGACUGGAUCACCGGCGUCCUCACCAUGGCCGUCGGCGAGAAGGAUCUCCUCCAUCACCACAAGGACCACCUGAUCUACGUGCUCGAGGGGGACGGCGUCACCAUCUACCCCGGCGGAGACGAGAGCGCGGCCAUGGUCGUGCCGCUGCAGGUGGGCGCCGGCAUCCCGGCGCCGAUGUCGGCGCCGCCCUUUGCGAAGCACACGCUACUCAACUCGGGCACGGUGCCGCUGAAGAUGGUCUUCUUCGAGGCGAAGAAGUGAGCGGAGCGGGCGACACCGCUGUUGCCUGUUGGCCGCCCCCGCUCCUAGGCCGAUCGCGAGGGGAGAGCGGUUUUUGCCGCGGCCGAUGUUUAGUCCGACGUCCGAGCCUCGCCGCCGGCCGCUGGGGCUAUCUGCUGCUGUAACGUACUCGCAGCCCUAGGAGCUGUAGGUAGCCCGACAACCGCACGGGGGGGGGGGGGG